AUGUCCGUAUAUGGGACUAUGUCACACAGAGAUGGAGGGGUCCAAUACAAAUCUCUAGGGGCCCACAUAACUGCAGUUGACUGCAUUAAAUUUAUUGCUCGAAAGCAAUGGUUUGUGGCUGGGUCCUCUGAUGGUAUCCAUGUACAAGAGGAAGCAAUAAAAAAGAAGAAAAUCCAGAGAUUCAGAGCUCGUGUUAGCUCUGUCACAUCACUGGCCGUUCAUCCAACCAAGCCGUAUGUGCUUUCAUCAUCCUAUGGCGGACUGAUAAAGCUUUGGGACUGGGACAAGGGAUGGGAAUGCAUAACAACAUUUGAAGGGGAACACUCUGAUGUUGUAUGUCAACUCGCAUUUAAUCCAAAUGACACAAGCAGUUUCGCUAGUGUGUCGAACGAUCGCACAAUAAAGGUUUGGGGUCUUGAUUCACCCAAAUCCCAUUACACUCUGUCUGGCCAUUCAGAUAAUGUGAAAUGCCUUGAUUUCUUCACACGUGAUGAUGGGCAAUAUUUGAUUACUGGUUCUGUUGAUAAUACUGCCAAGAUAUGGGACUUGCAGAAAAAGACGUGCAUUCUUACACUGGAAGUUUUUAGGUCUCCAGUCAUUUAUGUCUUCUCCCAUCCCAAUCUUCCAGUUCUAAUUACAGGUACAAGAAAUGGCAUCAUUUAUUUGUGGAGCUCCACCGAUUUCAGGCUUAGGGGAAUUCUCAACAUCUUACGUGGGGCAGAUGUUAUGGGUCUUGCAUGCUUGAUGGAGUCAAGGAGGGUCGUGAUUGGACAAAGCCACGCCAUAUCUAUAGUGGAUAUUGACGAUGAAGAAACAAUUGGUAGCAAGGGCGACUUCGAAAGCUCCAUAUGA